AUGCGGAAAGGUCAAACACUGGCUGAUUCUCACCUUGUGCAUUAUCAGCACGUUGAGUUGUUCUCUCAUGAGCUACAGAUGAAGGAGGAAUGUAUCCUGGCUGUCUUUGUGAAGUUUCACUUGCAAACUGUCUUUGAACUUGACCUUAACCUUGUUUUCCCAGAAGAGUGUGGGUUGCGCCCUGCCCUGGACGUACAUCGUGUCACACACGGAUCAGAGGUUACCAUCCUGGGAGAAGCCCCAUGGCAAGUUGCCCUCUACGCGAACGGUGUUCGAUUUAUAUGUGGUGCAAGUAUCAUUGCCAAUGAUUGGAUCCUCACUGCAGCACACUGCGUGGAAGACUUCUACUGGGACUCUCCAUUUCAAAUUCAAGCAGGAACGCUUACUCAUGAUACAGCAGGGCAGGUCCAUGAAGUAUCUGAGAUAUUUAAACACCCGCUGUUUGACUCAUUUUCACUUGGAUAUGAUAUUGCUCUCCUCAAGCUAUCAACUCCGCUCAAUUUCACGGAUGCUGUCCAGCCCGUAUGUCUGCCCCCUCCAGGGGAUCAUCUUCCUGAAGUGGGUUCCUAUGUCACGUUUACAGGAUGGGGAAGCUUUGGCGAGAUGCGUGGGCCCAUAACUCGUAAUCUGCAGAAGGCCAGAGCACCUGUGAUACCAAACAACAUAUGUCAGAGAUCUCUGACAGGUUUCCAUGUUUUGCCAUCAAUGUUCUGUACUAUGUACGAUACUGGAUACCAGGAUACUUGCACUGGUGAUGUUGGGGGUCCACAAGUACAGGAGGUAAACGGUCGCUGGACUAUCUAUGGCAUCACUAGCUGGGAAACUGUCUGUGGCAAAGCAUACUCGCCAUCAGGCAAAACUCGAGUUUCAAGUUUUAUUGAUUUCAUCUAUAAGACAAUUCGAGAGGAUGAUUAA